AUGCCUGCUGAAAAGAAGAAACCGAACGCCAAGAUGACAAAGCUAUACAGCCGCACCAGAUUCAAGAAAUCAAUUGAAAGUGGCCUCGAUGGAAAGCAGAUCAUUGGAGAUACUGACAUCCUUAUGUACAUGAAUUUUUUGAUGUUUCUAGAGAGAUUAGCAAAGAAUUCUGAAAAGGCUGCAGAUGAAAGAGGAUCAAGCAGAGUCAAUACAAGAGAUGUCAAUAAAUACCUCAAAGACACGUUGCGUGAAUUCCGCGGUUAA